AUGUUUCAUCUAUUCCAAGGUUUAUAUAACAAUUGGAACAAAAAAGAACAGUACUCAAUACUUAUCCUAGGCUUAGAUAACGCAGGCAAGACAACAUUCCUUGAAACCUUAAAAAGACUAUACAAACUAUCUUCAAAGGAACUAGAUAAGAUUGUCCCCACGGUAGGACAAAAUGUCGCCACAAUACUUACCGAACAGAAGAUCCAACUGAAAUUUUGGGAUGUUGGCGGUCAAGAAUCCUUGAGAUCCAUGUGGUCGGAAUACUAUUCUCAAUGCCAUGCUAUUAUCUUUGUGGUGGACAGUACAGAUAGAUCCAGGAUAGAUGAGUGGAAACACACUUUGACUUCCAUAAUGAUGAAUGACGAAAUUGAAGGGGUACCUGUCCUCAUGCUUGCAAAUAAACAAGAUAAACAAGAUAGAAUGGAGAUUCAAGAUAUAAAAGAAAUAUUCAACCAGAUUGCUGAGCAUUUAAGUGCACGAGAUUCCCGUGUAUUGCCCGUUAGUGCCUUAACUGGUGAUGGUAUCUUGGAUUCAAUGACUUGGUUGAUACUCAGAUUACAAAGAAAUAAAAAAUUAAGACCACCAGUUUACAAAUAA